AUGGCAGCUCCACAAGUACAACAUCAAGGGCUUCAGGCACUCUUUACAGGUGUUCGGAGGGAUUUCGACGGUGUCAUAGUUGACCAAUUCCGCGGAAUCAAGUAUGCCCAGAUACCGGCGCGGUUCGAGCGUGCUCAGCCUGUGGAAAGCUUCAACGGGGGCGUUGUUGAUGCUACGAAAUACGGACCAAAAUGCCCGCAGGUUCAUGUGGACGUGCGCCAUUUGUUGCGCAUCCCGGAGGAUUUCGAGAUCGAGCCCGAAGCUGAGGAUGAGUUUGAAUGUCUAAAUCUGGACAUUGCCCGUCCUCCUCUGUCAAGCACUAAUGGCCCUCUUCCUGUUCUCGUCUGGAUAUAUGGCGGUUCUCAAGUUGUUACAUUUUGUUCUGCUCAAUCAAAAAUCUGCGACCCGACUCGGAUCGUUGCUGAGUCUGUCAACGAGGGUCAGCCGUUUGUUUUCGUCUCUUUCAACUACCGUCUCAAUAUCUUUAGCUUUGGCGAUGGAAAGGAGAAGAACCUCGCGAUAAAGGACCAAAGGUUGGCCAUUGACUGGGUUCGGAAGAACAUCGCAGAAUUUGGGGGUGAUCCGAAUAAUAUCACUCUUGCUGGAGAGAGCGCAGGAGCGGUUUAUGUUCAUGCGCAUCUGAUUAGCGGCCCUCCUGUCCAAAAAGCUGUCCUGGCAUCCGGGUCGCUAUACCUCUCUUCGCCGUUACCGGUCGAAAGAGGCAAUGCGCUCAUCAACACACUCCAAAGCAAGGUUCAGGAGUCGGGACAGGAGUCGCUGCGUCGUUCGUCUGUUGACUGUCUAAUUCGCGCGUUGAAGGAGUGCAAUGUGAAUACAAUGUGGAUACAGGAGGAUUCCGAAUUCCAGGAUUGGGAGAACAAGCCAGAACAAGUCGAGGAACUCAUGAUUGGCGAUACUGAAUAUGAGUCUGUCAUUUGGAGAAACGGAAUCGAGACCUUCGACGGAGCAUCGAUUGCUGCGGCUUUCAAGACCGACAAGAACUAUGGCACAAAACUGCGCAAGAUGUACCAGGUCGUCCAUGACCGUCCUACUGCCUGCAAACUGGGCGCUCUAGAUUUCGUCAAUGACACCCGAUACACCCUCCCUGUUGAGCUGGUUGCGGACAAGUUCAAAGCUGCGAACAAGCACGUUUUCCGAUACGUGGUUGACCAACCAAAUCCAUGGCAGUCUUCCAGUCGGUCUCACCACGCAGUCGACCUCCUGUUUCUUUUCGGAGGACUUGAUCUCUCCUUCAACCCCGCUGCAAAUGAAGUAGGUCAAGAGAUGCGGAAGCGUUGGAUACGGUUCGUCAACGGCAUGUCUCCGUGGUCUGAAGACCGACGAUUCGCCUAUGGGCCCCUGGGAGAGUGUAAGGAGAUUACCGAGGAGCAAUUUGCGUCUCGGCGAAGAGUAGAGCACCUCAAGGUUCUGCGAGAGGCUGGCAUCGGAGCUUACCUCCCAAUAGUUUUUGCGUUGACAGCAGGCAGAAUCAGCCUGCUGAAUUGA